CCCCUUCGCGCCAGCACCGCCCCCUUCCCCCCAUCGGCAACAUGGCGGCUGCGAGGAAACACAAACGCGUGGCAGCGUCUCAGCCUGGCUUUUUACCUUUAACAUCAAAUCCUGGUGAGGAUGGAAGUGCAAGCCUCAAGCGUCGAAAGCGCGUCAACAAAAACAAGAAAAAGAACUGGAACAAGUACAGCGAUAUCCAGGAUGUCGAGGAGUUUCUAGAGGACGUAAGACUCCAAGAAAGAGCCACAGGAGGUCUGAUCGCGGACAAACCGGACGAAAGUCUCUUCUUUGUGGACACUGGAGAGAAGAAAAGCACCCAAAAGUCAGAAGCCGCUAAGAAGAAUAAACGCUCAAAGCCGCUCCGGAUAGAUCUGAUCCUGCAGCCGGAUUCCCAUGUUCAGGCACCUAAAGAUAUCUUGGCAUACCAGCGUCCCAAUGCCAAGAAGCUCCGGCGCGUUGCCGGGAAGGCAGAGAGGCUGGCUGCCAUGGGUGUGCUGCCACGCCGAGAAAAGCUCCUGCUGCUCCGCAAGACGAAACAAAUGCCAGCUAAAGAGAAACCGUUAAACAGCAAGGAUCCAAGGAGAAACUUCUACGAUCUGUGGAGCGAAGGCAGCCCUGACACUGCAGACCCCUAUUUCCUGGAGCAGACCAAGAAGAAGCUGGUUAAGAGACCAGAAAAGCUGAAUGAGAAGCCCUCCACCCUUCCUGCUAUCGAAGUCAUCGCCCCAGGGGGCUCCUACAAUCCCGAUUUCCUUUCUCACCAGGCAUUGCUGCUGGAGGCUCAUGAGGCUGAGGUGAAAAAGGUGAAGGCUGAUGAGAAGCUGGAAAGACAGGUGGCAAUAAAUAAAAACGACAUCGCCACUGAGGAGAGCAGGUUUAACGAACAGGUCGAAGGUCUGAUUGAGGAAGAUGAGCGGGAAGAGACUGAGGCCCCAGGGGACGAUUCCAAAGACACGGCCUUCGGACCGAUGGCGCAGCCGGAGAAAAAAACAGAGCGACAAAGGAAGAAGGAGAAAGCAGAGAGGCUGAAGGAGCUGCGAAAAAAGGCAGCGAGAAAGAUGCUGAACAGCCGACAGCAGCUGUUCCAGCUGCGCUCCAUCGGUGCAGAUCUGAAGAUGAGGGAGCUGAGGACCAUGGGGAGACAGACAAAGCGGAAAGCAAAACAGGAGGCAGAGAAAACACUACCUCGCCGUCUGGGCAAGCUACGGUUCCAGGCUCCUGAUCUGGAAGUGCAGUUAAGCGAUGAACUGGCCGGAUCUCUCCGCACGCUAAAACCAGAGGGCAGCGUACUUAAGGAUCGCUUUAAGAGCUUACAGAAGAGGAACCUGAUCGAACCGAGAGAGAGGGCCAAGUUCAAGAGGAAACACAAGGUGAAAUAUGUAGAAAAGAGGGCUUUCAGAGAAAUCCAAUGAACCCAAAGCCCGGCUCACUUCAGUAAUCGGCGCUUCCCGAGUCACCCGGUCCUGUCGCCCAAUCCCGUCUGAUGAACCUGAAAUACAGGCUUGUCUGAUCACCAGUGUGAUUCUAAAGCUUUAGCACAAGCUGAUCAGUGCAAGCUUUCUCAUUUCUCGCCGCUUCACGGAGUCUCAACCUUGAUAUUUCUGAAGCGAAAUGUAUUCUAAAGGAAUGGUUUCAAUUUCCAAAUUGUGCUUGUUCGUCAAGCAGCAGCAAUGAAACACACACCUGACUUUUGCAGCUCGAAGCUUUUUCAGUGAAAAGCUGCCCAAUUGUUUUGGGGUUUUUUUUUUUCCUCGUUUAAACCUCGGAACCAAAAUGUUUCACGUGGAUUAAUAUGAACAAUAAAAUAUUUAAUAGUGUA